AUGUUCGCGUUCCUCCGACCCGCCCACCCACUGAAGACCAACAACGCGACCAAGAACCCCAUCAUCUACGAGGAUGGCCGCGCAUCCGUCACCUUUGCCGCGCCGGGCUCGGACUACAUCAUGACGCACCGCAUCCCACCGACAACCAAGACCCACGGCGCGUCCAUCAUCGAGCCCCCCUUCCACUACCACAUCCACCAGGACGAGUUCUUCCAAGUCCAGUCCGGCAGGGGCAACUUCUACCGCGGCCUGUCCUCGGAGCCGUUUGCCACCCUCUCCGCCGAGCCUGGCGCCCAGUCCAAGGCGUCGGUGAAGGCGGGCCGGUACCACCGCUUCGAGAACGCGAGCGACGUCGAGGACCUCGUUGUCGAUAUACACCUCACGCCCGAGUCGUACGAGAGCGAGCAGUGCUUUUUUAGGAACUUCUUUGGGUAUCUGGACGAUUGCAAGAGGGCUGGAACCGCGCCGAGCUUUUUCCAGCUCAUGGUGUUUCUGCAUGCGGCUGAUACCCCGCUCGCGGUGCCCAUCCCGCCAGAGUGGCUCGGCAAGGUCCUGAGUCGCUUGCUGCUCUGGGGUGCGGCGUACUGGGGUCGGUAUGUUCUGGGCUACAAGACGUGCUACCCGGAGUAUUACGAGGAUUCAAAGUCUAGGUGA